UUUCCACACUGCGAUGUCCCGGUCCGGCCUCGGGGAGCCCCGCUUCAUUAUCGUGGGCUACAUGGACGACACGCAGUUCGCGCGGUUCGACAGCGACUCCCCAGGUCAGAGCGCAGAGCCCCGGGCGCCCUGGGCGGAGCAGGCGGAGCAGGUGGAGCAGGAGGACUGGGACGAGGAGACGCGGAUCCUAAGGGACAGCACACUGUGGUACCGCGCGCAGCUGGACUCCCUGCGCGGCCUCUACAACCAGAGCGAGAGCGGCUCUCACACCCUCCAGAGGAUGUGUGGCAGCGACGUGGGGCCCGACGGGCUCCUCCUCCGCGCGUACAGUUGGUUCGCCUACGGCGCCGAUUACCUGGCCCUGAACGGGGACCUGCGCUCCUGGACCGCGGCGGACACGGCCGCUCAGAUCACCCGGCGCCAGUGGGAGACCCAGGGUGAGGCAGAGAAAUUCAGGAACUAUGAGAAGGGCAAGUGCUUGAGGUGGCUGUGCACAUUCCUGGAGUACGGGAAGGAGACUCCGCAGCGCACGGAUCCCCCAAAGACACGCAUGACCCACCACCCCACCUCUGAGCAUGAGGUCACCCUGAGGUGCUGGGCUCUGGACUUCUACCCAGCGGACAUCACCCUGACCUGGCAGCGAGAUGGGGAGGACCUGACCCAGGAGAUGGAGCUGGUGGACACCAGGCCUGGGGGAGACGGAACCUUCCAGAAGUGGGCGGCUCUGGUGGUGCCUUUUGGAGAGGAGCAGAGAUACACGUGCCAUGUGCAGCAUGAGGGGCUGCUGGAGCCCCAAGUCCUGAGAUGGGUGCCCCCUCCUCAGUCCUUCAUCCCUACUUCGGGCAUCAUUGCUGGCCUGGUUCUCCUUGGAGCUGUGCUCACUGGAGCUGCGGUGGCUGCAGCUGUGAUGUGGAGGAAGAAGAACUCAGGAGGACAAGGAGGAAGCUACACUCAGGUUGCAGGCAGCGACAAUGCCUAGGGCUCUGAUAUGUCUCUCAGCCCCUAAGGAUCUUUUACAAUGAACCUGAUGAGGCUCCUGUUGUGCACACCUUGGACAGCAGGGUGAUGGUGUCACUGUUGUUCUUAACUGUGAUAUUGAGCAUUUGUUCGUUUUUACUUUUCUAUGACUACAGUUGCUGUUUGUAUGGAAGUUUUGUACAUUUUUAUAGAGGAAGUGCUAUUUAUUUAUUACACUAUUUUGUCCUUUUUAAAAUUGGGUUAUUUCUUUCUGAUCAUUGAGUUUUAGGCAUUAUUUGUAGAUACAGUCCUUUAUCAGAUUUGUGAUUUGCAAAUGUUUCCUCCCACACUGUGACCUGAACUCCUUUACUGAUGGGAAAGCAAACACUAUUGCCCAGACAGGAGCAUGGAGAUAUAUAUAUAU